AUGCAAGCCAUCAAGUGUGUUGUGGUUGGUGAUGGUGCCGUCGGAAAAACGUGUCUUUUAAUCAGUUAUACUACAAAUGCUUUCCCUGGUGAAUAUAUUCCAACUGUAUUUGAUAAUUAUUCAGCUAAUGUAAUGGUCGAUGGAAAACCAAUCAAUCUUGGCCUUUGGGACACGGCUGGCCAGGAAGAUUAUGAUCGGUUACGUCCACUUUCAUACCCUCAAACUGACGUAUUCUUGAUUUGCUUUUCCUUGGUCAGUCCUCCUUCCUUUGAAAACGUUCGGGGCAAGUGGUUUCCUGAAAUUAGUCAUCAUGCCCCCAACAUUCCCAUUAUCCUUGUUGGUACUAAGCUCGAUCUUCGUGAGGAUAAGGAGACCAUCAUUAAGUUGCGACAAAAAUCGCAAUCCCCAAUUACAUAUCCACAAGGUCUUCAAAUGGCCAAAGAUAUCGCAGCGGUUAAAUACCUUGAAUGUUCUGCUCUUACUCAAAAAGGAUUAAAGAACGUUUUUGACGAGGCCAUCAGAGCCGUUCUUUGUCCUACCCCGGUCGUAAAACAAAAGAAUAGAUGCAUCAUUAGUAGUAGGUUAAUCUGUAGUUUAAUGGGAGGAAAUCGAUACGAUAAAGAUCGAGAGUAUUCUAGUGGAGUUGGAAGUAGUUAUCGAAGGUCAAGGCAAGAAGAAAGUGGUGGUAGUACUGGCCCUAGCGAAGUAGGCAGAGAUUUUGCAAGUCGUUAUGGAGGUUUAUUCUCGGAAAAGGACUGGAAAUGUCCCAUUUGUUCAAAUAUCAAUUGGGCACGACGUCCAGAAUGUAAUCAAUGUAAAACAGCUAAACCAGGUUUAGAAGCCUCUGUAGGGUCUAGAGAAGGACGUGGUGGAGGAUUCAUGGAACGUGAUGAGGUAGUUGAAUAUCGUAGAUCGAGAGAUGCAGAGAAAGAUGAUGAAUGGGAUGAAUUUGGUAGAAAAAGAAAACGAAAGGACAAUUUUUUGAGAGGUGGAGGUUGUAGUAACAAUGGUAGUGUUAAUGAUGACUUUAAAUCUGAAAAAUCAGCUUUGGAAAGUAAUAAAAGUGAAGAUGAAUUAGAAGAGGAGGAAGGAGAUGAUGACGAUCGUUGGGCUACAUGGGAUGAUAUCAUUGGAAAUGAAGAAUCAAAAGAAGAAAAUGGCGGUGAUAAUAAAGACAAUAAAAACAAAUCAUUAUCAACAUAUAAUGAAAGACAACAACGAGGUCACGUAAAAGUAGAUCAAUUUCUCGAUCAAGUUCAAGAGAUAGGAAAAGAUCAGGAAACGAUGAUCGAUAUAGAUCUAGAUCUAGGGAUAGGAAAAGAUCUAGUUAUUAUCGAAGCAGAUCACGCUCAAAGAGUCGUGGUAACAGAUAUGGAAGUAGAUCUUAUUAAAGUGUUAUUUUUAUCUUUUGCCUUGGGAAUGAACGGUUUUUGA